CAGAGGCGUGGUGCUUCCUUCCCGUCAGUGGGGCGUGGCUACGUGUGGGUGACGUGGCGGCCCCUCGCCUCCGGUCGGGAUCCGGCGGCUCCGAACGCGGGGAGAAGGCGGUGACGGCCCGGGAGACACUGGCAGGCCGCAAACAGGAGUCCGAGGUUAUGCGUCUCAAUGAUCCCACGGAAACGCUACGGGUCUAAGAACACGGAACAGGGUGUCUACCUGGGACCCUCAAAGACGCAGGUCCUGUCCCCUGCAACAGCUGCCAGCAGCGACCUUGGCCCGCAGCCCCCUCCAGAGGUCCUGGUCCCCUCCCCUCCCGACACCAUGUCCUGCCGGGAUCGGACCCAGGAGUUCCUGUCCGCCUGCAAGUCGCUGCAGAGCCGUCAGAAUGGAAUCCAGACAAAUAAGCCCGCGCUGCGUGCCGUCCGCCAGCGCAGUGAAUUUACUCUGAUGGCCAAGCGCAUUGGGAAAGACCUCAGCAACACAUUUGCCAAACUGGAGAAGCUGACAAUCUUGGCGAAGCGCAAGUCCCUCUUUGACGAUAAAGCACUGGAAAUCGAAGAGCUAACGUACAUCAUCAAACAGGACAUCAACAGCCUCAACAAACAAAUUGCCCAGCUUCAGGAUUUCGUGAGAGCCAAGGGCAGCCAGAGUGGCCGGCACCUGCAGACCCACUCUAACACCAUCGUGUUCUCCUUACAGUCAAAACUGGCUUCCAUGUCCAAUGACUUCAAAUCGGUUCUGGAAGUAAGGACAGAGAACUUGAAGCAGCAGAAAAGCCGGCGGGAACAGUUCUCCCGGACAUCCGUGGCAGCCCUCCCGCUAGCCCCCAACCACCUGGGGGGUGGCCCUGCGGUUUUGGGAGCAGAGCCCCGUGCCUCUGGGGAUGUGACCAUCGACAUGAUGGACUCUAGGACCAGCCAACAACUGCAGCUUAUUGAUGAGCAGGAUUCCUACAUCCAGAGUCGAGCAGACACCAUGCAGAACAUUGAGUCUACAAUUGUUGAGCUGGGUUCCAUCUUUCAGCAGCUGGCACACAUGGUUAAGGAACAGGAGGAAACCAUUCAGAGGAUCGACGAGAACGUACUAGGAGCCCAGCUGGAUGUCGAGGCCGCCCACUCAGAGAUCCUGAAGUACUUCCAGUCAGUCACCUCCAACCGGUGGCUCAUGGUCAAAAUCUUCCUCAUCCUCAUUGUCUUCUUCAUCAUCUUUGUGGUCUUCCUUGCGUGAACCCUGUCCACACUGAGGCACUCGGGGGGCAGGUCUGGCGGCCCUCCAGGGAAGGCAGACGACCAGUGUUGCCACUGAGCCUGUGCAGGGCGCUGGGGAGAGAGGCCCCGUUUCCUUGCCACUGCUGAGACUGGCCGCUGCCCAUGAUCCUCCCCACCCCAUGCCUCUGACCACGUGACCCUCCCCUUCCUAGCCUCAGGCCCUUAAAUCACACGGUUCUGGAUUUGGACUCUGUUGGGAGGUGGCUGGAAAGGAGCAGAGGCCAGCCAGGGGCCUGCAGGGAGAAUGUCUCCCCUAGGAGUUUUCAUAAACCCUCCCGGCCUCUCCCAAAGGAUGCUUCGGCGGCGGCAGCGGCAAGCAUGUCCUUCGUCAGCUGUCCAGAAGCGCGGAAGGGAAGCCAGACUGUCCCAGGGACCAACUUCGCUUUCUGGGUUGGGGCUUGAGCUCCUGCUGUUUCAUCUGCGCCACUGAAGUUGGGGUCCCCGAACCGUUCAGCUGCC